UCGUCACAAAGAAACCUCUAUUUAAAGGUUUUGUGACCAAAACAAAAUUGGAGAAAUUAAACACGAAGCAUGUCUUCUUUGAUCUUCCUUUUCAUUUUGUCCUUCCUCAAUGCUAGUUUCACAGCUUCUGCUCAAAAUCUUACUUUCCUAAAUAGUAUCUGUCCGAACACGAACACGACAACUUUCUCAAGAAACAGCACUUACUCCACCAAUCUCACAACUCUUUUGUCUUCUCUUUCUUCCCGCAACGCUUCAUACUCCACCGGAUUCCAAACUGCUACGGCUGGUGAAACCCCCGAUAUGAUCACCGGUCUUUUCCUCUGCCGGGGAGACCUCUCUCCCGAGGUUUGUCGUAACUGCGUCGUCCUUUCCGUCAACCGCACGCUUACUCGUUGUCCUAAUGUGAGAGAAGCCGUGCUCUACUACGAAGAGUGUAUGCUCAGAUACUCUCACCGCAAUAUCCUAUCGACCCCUACACUCAGACAAAGAGCUAUAAGGGUUAACAGCAACAAUAUGUCAUAUAAACUAGUCCUGUUCAAAGAAACGGUGUCAUAUAAUCUCAACCAAGCUGCGGUCGAGGCAGCGAAUAGUCCUCGAAAGUUCUUUACGUUCAAAUACAAUUGGACUGCGUUCCAGAAUCUGUACGGCCUGGUUCAGUGCACACCUGAUCUCACGACACGCGACUGUCUGCGUUGCUUGCAACGAUCCAUUAAUGGAUUGCCUGUUUACAAAAUUGGGGCAAGAAUUCUUUAUCCUAGUUGUAAUUCUAGGUACGAGCUUUACUCGUUCUACAAUGAAAGCGCCAUUACAACACCACCUCGCGUGCCUUCUCCUCUGCGACCUGGGAAAGGUGGGAAUCCAAGUGUCUUAGUGGUAGCCAUUGUUGUACCUGUUAUUAUUUUGGUUGUCCUGCUUCCCAUAGCUUGUUAUUGUUUCCUUGCAAAGAGGGCAAAGAAUACUUAUGUCACAGCAUCUGCAUUUUCAGGAGAUGAUAUAACAACUGCAGACUCACUGCAGCUCGAUUAUAGAACAAUCCAAACGGCAACAAAUGAUUUUUCAGAGAGAAAUAAGAUUGGACGAGGUGGAUUUGGUGAGGUUUACAAGGGAAUAUUAUCGAAUGGGACUGAAGUUGCGGUGAAGAGACUGUCGAAAACUUCAGGACAAGGUGAAACAGAGUUCAAGAACGAGGUUGUUGUUGUGGCAAAGCUUCAGCAUAGAAACCUGGUAAGGCUUCAAGGUUUUUGUCUAGAAGGUGAAGAAAGAAUACUGGUCUACGAGUAUGUGUGCAACAAAAGCCUUGAUUAUAUCAUCUUUGAUCCUGCAAAGAAAGGUCAACUAGACUGGACUCUUCGAUACAAGAUCAUUGGUGGGAUUGCUAGAGGAAUUCUCUAUCUUCAUCACGAUUCACGGCUCACGGUCAUACACCGUGACCUCAAAGCGAGUAACAUUCUCCUUGACGAGGAUAUGAAUCCGAAAAUUGCUGAUUUUGGAAUGGCAAGGAUCUUUGGAAUGGACCAAACCCAAGAGAAGACAAGCAGAGUAGUUGGUACCCUCGGUUACAUGCCUCCCGAAUAUGUAAUGAGAGGCCAGUUCUCAAUGAAAUCUGAUGUCUAUAGCUUCGGAGUGUUAGUUCUUGAGAUUAUAAGUGGUAGGAAGAAUAGCAGCUUCGACGAGAGAGAUGUCGCACGUGACUUGGUCACAUAUGCUUGGAGGCUUUGGAGUAACGGAACACCGUUGGAUCUCGUGGAUCCAACCAUUGAAGGAAAUUGCCAGAAGAAUGAAGUGAUUCGAUGCAUCCAUAUCGGACUUUUAUGUGUUCAAGAAGAUCCUGUAAAGCGUCCAACCUUGUCAACCAUUUUCGUGAUGCUCACUAGUAAUACUGUGACAUUGCCAGUGCCUCAGCAACCAGGGUUUUCCGUUCAUACUAGAAACCAGCUUCAUGAAUCGAGCUCGUCUGUUGACCGUUCGUUGAUCACUGAUUUAUAUCCUCGUUGAAUAUGAUGUUAACCUUCAAGCUGGAAUCAUCUGAUAUUAAUUUUCAAUGAAACCUUGGAUCAGUUUGCUUCUUUUAAAUUAAACCAGCUAACCACAC